GGGGACAAUGCUAGGCAUUCCGCUGCCCUAAGCCCAGGAACAGCCUGGCCAGAAGACUCCCCAAAGUGGAAAAAUGACAACCCCUGCUGGCUGGCGUGGGGAGGGGGUGUAGAGGGCGGCGGCGCCAGCCUCCCUGGCACCAUGGACGAUGCCGCAGUCCUAAAAAAGAAGGGUUACGUUGCGGGAAUCAAUCUGGGCAAGGGUUCUUAUGCAAAAGUCAAGUCUGCCUACUCAGAGCGCCUCAAGUUCAAUGUGGCGGUCAAGAUCAUUGACCGCAAGAAAACACCCACUGACUUUGUGGAGAGGUUCCUUCCUCGGGAGAUGGACAUCUUAGCAACUGUCAACCACCGCUCCAUCAUCAAGACCUAUGAGAUUUUUGAGACCUCCGAUGGACGCAUUUACAUUGUCAUGGAACUCGGUGUCCAGGGCGACCUCCUUGAGUUCAUAAAAUGUCGGGGGGCGUUGCAUGAGGAUGUGGCACGCAAGAUGUUCCGCCAGCUCUCCUCAGCCGUCAAGUACUGCCAUGACUUAGACAUCGUCCACAGAGACCUUAAGUGCGAGAAUCUUCUCCUUGACAAGGACUUCAACAUCAAGUUGUCUGACUUCGGAUUCUCCAAGCGCUGCCUGCGGGAUGGGUGUGGGCGCAUUGUCCUCAGCAAGACCUUUUGUGGGUCAGCAGCCUACGCAGCCCCUGAGGUGCUGCAGGGCAUCCCCUACCAGCCCAAGGUGUAUGACAUCUGGAGUCUGGGUGUGAUCCUCUACAUCAUGGUCUGCGGCUGCAUGCCCUAUGAUGACUCCAACAUCAAAAAGAUGCUGCGCACCCAGAAGGAGCACCGUGUGGACUUCCCCCGCUCCAAGAACCUGUCCAGUGAGUGCAAGGACCUCAUCUAUCGCAUCCUGCAGCCAGACGUCAACCGGCGGCUGCACAUUGAUGAGAUCCUCAGUCAUUCGUGGCUGCAGCCCCCCAAGCCCAAAGCCAUGUCUUCUGCCUCACUCAAGAGGGAUGGGGAAGGCAAGUACCGGGCCGAGUACAAACUGGAUACCAAGCCAGGUUCAAGGCCUGAGUACAGGGCUGACCAUAAGCUGCGGGCUGAAAGCCCCCACCGGCCCAAGAAUGAAGACAGGAUGGAGGAUAGGCUUGCUGAGACCUCCAGAGGUAAAGAGCAUCACAUCUCUGGAGUCGAGAUGGGGAAGGUGAUCAUCUAGUGGUGGAGAAGGCCCCAGCACAGGGAGGAACUUGGAGUGUAGUUUGCGCUCAUGUAAACCAACUAGGCAGGUAGGAACUGAAGAAGGCACAGGUGCCAGGAACAAGUAAAAUCUGUCAAUCCACUA